AUGAAUCACCGAGACGCUGACGGCGGAAUGAGCCACCUCACCCCCGGUCUCCCUAGUCAAUCCUCGCUUCUCAAGCGUCUGGAAUUAGCCAAUCAGAAUGCAGUAGACUUGGAAGUAGUCGCCAGGUCUGGCAGCGGGUGUUCCCUUGCGUUCUGUGCGGCGAAUUUCUUCUCGUGCCUUCUUUUCACUCAGGAGAGCCAGAAAAAGGAGAAGAUGUUUAUGAAGCGACACGACCAGGGCUGA